GAUAGGAUUUAACCUACAAAAAAUCGUAGGGAUUUAUAAUUAAUCACCCGAAAUAAAUUUCAUCAUUUUUAACGCGUUGCCAAACUAGAAAUUGAAAAUGCCUACGGUUAGCGUGAAAAGGGAUUUAUUGUUCAAAGCGCUUGGACAAACUUACACUGAUGAUGAGUUUCAAAAAUUAUGCUUUGCUUUUGGGCUGGAAUUGGAUGAAGUAACAACGGAACAGCAAAUGGUAGCUAAAGAACAGGGCAUAGAACAGACUCAUGGAGCUUCUGAUGAAAUACUGUACAAAAUUGAUGUUCCUGCCAAUCGCUAUGACUUGCUCUGUAUGGAAGGAUUGGUGACAGGACUUUUAAUAUUCUUAGAAAAAAUCCCUGUUCCUUACUACAAAACUGUUAAACCAAAAAAUAUUCAAAAGAUUGAAAUGAAAAAAGCUUGUUUGCAAGUCAGAGGUCAUCUUGUUGCAGCUAUAUUGAGAGAUGUUACUAUAACGCAAAGUGCUUAUGACAAUUUUAUUGAUCUUCAAGAUAAGUUACAUCAAAAUAUUGGCAGAAAACGUACAUUAAUUUCCAUUGGUACUCAUGAUUUAGAUACCAUUGAAGGGCCAUUCACAUAUGAUGCAAAACCUCCAAAAGAUAUUUAUUUCAAGCCUUUAAAUCAAGAUAAAGAAUAUAAUGGAGAGGAGAUAAUGGACUUAUAUGCACACCAUGCGCAACUCAAACAGUAUUUAUCUAUUAUCAGAGACAGCCCUGUAUAUCCAGUUAUUUAUGAUAAAAAUGGUGUAGUACUAUCAUUGCCUCCCAUCAUCAAUAGUGAUCAUUCUAAAAUAACACUUCAAACUAAGAAUAUAUUUAUUGAGUGUACUGCUACUGACCUUACAAAGGCAAAAAUUGCAAUUGACACUAUAGUUUGUUCCUUUAGUGAAUAUUGCUCUACAAAACAUCAGGUUGAGCUUGUUGAAGUAGUCUAUCCAGAUGACAAGAAGUUUGAUAGUCCAGAUUUUAAAUACAGAGUUGAAAAAAUUAGCAGUAAAAUGGCAACGAAUUAUGUUGGAAUCAACCAAUCACCUCAAGAUGUUGCAAGGCUUUUAACUAAAAUGUCUUUAAAAACUGAAGUCAAAAGUAGUGAUGAAUUGCAUGUACAGAUUUCACCUACAAGGCACGAUAUUAUUCAUCCUUGUGAUAUUUAUGAAGAUGUUGCGAUUGGUUAUGGUUACAAUAACAUAAAAAAAACUGUGCCCAAAACUCCCAGUAUUGGAAAAGAAUUUCCAUUAAAUAAACUUUCUGAUCAACUGAGAGAAGCUAUGGCUAAUGCUGCUUUCACAGAAGCAUUAACUUUUUCGUUGUGUUCUCGAGAAGAUAUUGCUGAUAAACUUGGACAUGAUAUUAAAAACAUACCAGCUGUUCAUAUUUCCAACCCAAAAACUUUAGAAUUUCAAGUAGGGAGAACUACUUUACUUCCAGGUCUCUUAAAAACAAUAGCAGCAAAUAGAAAAAUGCCACUGCCAAUAAAAUUGUUUGAAAUAUCUGAUGUUAUUUUACGCGAUCCCAAGUCAGAAGUUGGAGCUAGGAACGAAAGGCGAUUGUGCGUUGUAUAUUACAAUAAGAUGGCAAGAUUCGAGUUCGUUCACGGUAUUCUUGACAAUAUAAUGCAUAUUCUCGAAGUACCUUGGCAUCAUAACAAAGACGAUAAGGGUUAUCAUUUACGAUCUCUGGAAGAUCCAACAUUUUUCCCUCAUCGCUGCGGAGAAGUGAUAGCUUAUGGCAAAGUCAUCGGUAAAAUUGGUACUCUUCAUCCAAAUGUUUUGACCAAGUUUGGUCUAACUAUUCCAUGCACGUCUUUAGAAAUCAAUAUCGAACCAUUUUUGUAAGCAUCUUCUGAAAGUUUGAAAAUGAUCAUGUGUUUGAGCAAAUUUUCAUUCAAAGCAACAUUUGCGGUAACGUAUAAACAUUCAUGUUUAUAACAAAAGAAUCUUGAAUACAGGUACCACCAAAAUUAGACUUAUGAAUGUUAAACACAUUAAAGUUGUUUUGAUAUCCCAUUUAUUUAAUUUAAUAAA